AUGCCCCAAAUCCCUCUGCCGCCCUCUGCAACAGUGCAGACAUCGUCAGAACCCCCCAGAACACUCUGGAUGGGCGACCUGGACCCGAGCUUCGAUGAAGCUACCAUCCAACAAAUUUGGGAACAGCUGCAGAAACAGGUCAAUGUCAAGCUGAUUCGUGCCAAGAAAAAUCUGCUCAUCCCAUGCAGCACCAGCAGUACGUUCAGCGAGGCUGACGGCGUGGAUCCCAAAGGCUCUGCUCACGGUGGGAAUAUCGUCUCUGGGGAAUCACAGGACUCGGAGUCUACCAGCGAUUCUUCCAACGACACACCCACGAACGGCCCCACUGGUGCUGUCACUCCUGCUGGCACACUCGGCUCCGGUCAGAAAAUCAGUAUCAACGGUGUCUCGUUCAUUGACCCCAACACAACGCAGCUGCAUCAUGCAGGCUACUGUUUCGUCGAGUUCAACAACCUCGCGGACGCACAGUGGGCUCUCUCCCUCAAUUCGUCGCCCUUACCCAAUAUUGUUAGCGAAUCCACUCAACUGGCUACCAACCCAUCCGGUCUGCGAAAUUUCCGUCUAAAUUGGGCGUCGGGGGCCACUUUACAAAGUGCCAUUCCUUCUACACCUGAAUUCUCGCUCUUCGUGGGCGACCUCUCACCAACUGCUACGGAAGCGCACCUCUUGUCAUUAUUCCAGAAGAACUUCAGAAGCGUGAAGACCGUGCGCGUUAUGACAGACCCCAUUACAGGCGCUUCCAGAUGUUUUGGAUUUGUUAGAUUCGGAGACGAACAGGAACGGCGCCGUGCUCUUGUUGAAAUGAAUGGAGCAUGGUGUCAAGGGCGUAACUUACGAGUCGCGUACGCCACUCCUCGCAACAACGUCAUGUGGCAAAUAACGCAGAACCAACAGAACCACCAGAACCACCAGCAGCAGCAUCAACAGCAGCAGCAGCAGCAGCAUCCGCGUAAGUUACAACCUCAGCCGCAAUCGCAUUAUCAACCCCCACUCCAUCACCAAUCCGCUCAACUUCAGCAGCAGCAGCAAUUGCAAUUGCAACUGCAACAACAGCAAGAAUAUCAUCAUCAGCAACUGCAACAACAACAACAACAACAGGAGCAGCAAUUACUGUUACAGCAACAACAGCAACAACAGCAACAACAUCAUUCUCAGUUAUAUCCCACCUUUUACUCCCAAUAUCAAAAUCAACAAUUGCCGGGCAAUUACAUGGCGGACAACUCAACCUCUUCAAUACAAGAGCUUGGAAGCAAUAAGGCACCGUUACUUAUGAAAACCGCGAAUACUUUGGUCAGCAGCAAUUUUAUGGGCUACCCAGGACUGGAAAAUGAGCAGAUAAUGUCGUACUUGCCCUCUGCGAACGCUAACGGUGCCACUAAUUUUGGCAACAACCAGGCUAGAAACCGCUCGGCAUUGACCAACCCCAUAAACACCACCGUUUUCAUUGGUGGAUUGACAUCACAGAUAUCCGAACGGCAGCUACAUUCCAUGUUCGCACCAUUCGGUACUGUAAUCAACGUUAAGAUUCCACCUGGCAAAGGGUGUGGAUUUGUUAAGUAUGCAAAUCGGAUUGACGCCGAAGCUGCAAUUCAAGGUAUGCAAGGAUUUAUUGUGGGCGGGAACCCAAUACGUUUAUCCUGGGGAAGAACAUCGGCAGAUAUCGGUAGACAGAGCAACGCCCAGGACAUGCCAUCGUCACUUUCGAACUUGGACGUUAAUUAUUCUUCGCCCGUGUGGAGCAAACCUAAUAAUGCGCCCCCACCGGUUGGGCCCUCGAUGUAUGCGUCCGCGUCGUCCGCACAUCUACAACGGCAAGACUCUUCAUCUCAACCGAAUAGUAUUCCCCCCGUGCACCCAUCGUUGUUAUGA